ACGGUGCGUAGGAGGAGGCGGAGGCGGACGGUGCUCUAAUGGUGCAGGCUACGGCCGCGGCGCUCCGCCGCCUCGGGCGCCGCCGCGGCGAUCCCGCCGCGGCGCUGCUCUCGUCCAGGCUCCGUCGCGGCGCCGUCUCAUCGUCAUCGUCCUCGUAUUAUUCUGCUCCGGGGGCGCUGCUCCCGCCGGAGCAGCCGGUGUGGGACUGCCGCGGCUUCAGCGCGUCCGCGUGGCUCGGUCCCCGCCUGUGGCGCGGUCUGCCUCGGCGUCGGAAUGCGGCGGCCACGGCUUGGGAGGCGCACCACUCGACGAGGAGCUCCAUGGCAACGGUGCCAAGUGAACCCGAGACAUCUGCUUCACAGUCUGAGCUUCUACGUUUCAUCAAAUCCACCUUUGGGACGCUUGAAGGACAAAAUCAUUGUUGGUUGAACUGCAUGAAUGACACCUGGAAGACCCUCAAUCAAGGAUCAUACCUUGUCCUUUUAUAUGAAUCCUGUGGAACGUUAGACUGCCAGGGAAAACUUUCAUCUGCUUUUCGAAGAUUGAAAUAUCUUCAACAGAGGUAUCCACAUCUGACUGUUUUCGCUAUGGAGCAUGGGAGUGGUAUUAGUUCCCUAGCACAAAGCCAAGCAAUUCUCACAGUAAUGAAGGAGUACAUUAGUUUUCCUAUCUUGAUGUCAGAUAAAGACUUUACAAAUAUGACAAAUGGUGCUUGCUACUUGCUAUUUGAAGGUUCUAAGGACCCUGUCCUCUUCUUGAAGUGGGAUGAAGAGCUUGAGAUUUUGAUCAAGGCAGGCAUGGACAAUGCUGUCUUGAAAGCCGAACCUUCUGAUACUGCUCCAGAAUCAAAAGUUUCUUGGCAAAAAGAAGAGGUUCCUAAAGAACCAUGCGUUGGUUCUGUAAGAAAUUUGUUACUAUACCAUCCUGCUUGCAUAUCGGUUGAUGAAGAUGGAGAUCGCAUUUUCAUCUCAGACAGUAACCAUCAUAGGGUCAUCAUUAGCGACAGCAAUGGGACUAUUUUAGAUUAUAUUGGAUGCUCCCCUGGCUUUGAGGAUGGUGAAUUUGAAUCUGCCAAGUUCUUGCGCCCUGCUGCAUCAUUUUAUAAUGCCACUGAAGAUUGUCUAUAUGUUGUAGAUUCGGAGAACCAUGCAGUUAGAAAAGCAGAUUUGGGAAGGAGGAUGUUAGAGACCGUCUAUCCAGUCUCCAGUAAAAGCAGCAGUGGCAUCUGGAGUUGGAUUGUUGAUAAGCUAGGUUUGAGACGGGAAGAUGCUCCAAACGGAAAUUUUGAUACAGAUUCAAUAGCAUUUCCAUGGCAUUUGCUAAAGGUUACAGAAGAUGCCUUCUUAGUAGCAGACCGCUACUUUGAAACAUUCUGGAUCUUGAGCAUAUCAACUGGUAAAAAGCUGGAAAUUGAAAGAGGUAGAGCUGAAGAGAUGGAGUCAUAUCAGCAAACAAUGAAUGAGAGAUGUGCUCUCCUGAAGGAUAUGAACAUGAGUUGGUCAUCAAAUGCUACAGAGUAUUCUGAUCUUGAUCCGUUGGGGAAGAUCCCUGUCAAGGAACUUGUGUCAUCAGUUGUAAGAUUUCAGAAGUGCAUUGUCUUCUGCGAUGCAGAUGGUCAAAGUGUUUUGAAGCAUGACUUGGAUACCCAGGUCACCUCAAAUAUUCAAUUUUCGAAUUUCGGGGUCCUUGGGUUUCCAUAUUGGUCUGUUUGCCAUCUCGAGAGAGUACCAACCUGGGGUCAUUCUACUGGACAAUGUCAACAGCAUAUCCGUCAAGUAAAUGUGCUCCCAGGAAGAUGCAAUAUAAAGGUUUCUGUAGAUAUACCUGCCGAUACUGAACUUGCCUCACCUUUGGUUGAGAAUUGUAUUUGGCGCCAAGUAAGGGGAUCUGGUGCUGAGAUUUCCGGUUCUGAUGAACCAGCCUCGAACACAGAAAAGGUUGGUAUAGCACAGCAAUGGUAUGAUGAGAUAGAUAACCUAGCAUUUUCUGAAGUUCCUGAGGAGCCUACUGCGCAUGAAUCUGAUCAGAAACCUACAGAUGGAGGUUACCAAGACCAGAGAAGAGUGCAUUUCACCUGUGCCGUUAACGUCAGUCCUGGGACAUGCGAGCUGGUGGCCUCUGCUGCAUUGUACCUGAAGAUCGACAGCACGAAAAACGACCAAGGGGAGCAGAAAGCUCUGGUCAAGAAGAUCAUCCAGUGUCAGCGUCGCGAGGAGCAUGCAGGCGCUGAUCUGUUGAUGCAGAACUGCAAGGAUGCUAGGGACCUGACAAUCAUGAAACCGGUGCACCUGAGGCUGAUGCUGGAGUGUGCUGAUCAUCCUGCUGGAACCACCAACAAGGAGACCAUCAGCUCAGAGUCCAGCUUUGAGAUAAACAUCUCCUUAGAUUAGUUUCCAUGGUACGGGUGGCUGAUAAUACAGAAGAUUAGUUUGGUUUUUCUGCUAGAGAAAUACUCGACACUUCCUGAUAGAGUUCUGUAUCUUGAUGUUCAAGUUCCACAUGAAAAUUCGGUUGAAAAUGGAUCAAGAAUCACUCGAAGCAUCUCCGUUUUUUUUCUUUUGGGGCUCAACUGAACACUACAAUUCUGUAAUGGAGUAACUUUCUCCACCUAUAUAGUCUAAAAGUUCGAUGUAUUCAAAACAAAAAAAAAAUCAAAAUUCGUUGCAUUUGGUCUCUUUUGUAUCAAGU